GGUGCAGGGGCCUCCUGCCCAUUGUGCCAGCACACGGGGAGAAGCUGUGUAACUGUCAGUUCCUGUGGAAAGCCUCUCCCUGUUCCUAGGAAGGGUUUCCUAUGGUGGGGCAGGCUGCUGUCCUUGCAGUGGGGAGAGACAAAGCUGCUGGAAAAGCAUGGUAUCAGUACUGACUGAGCUUUGCCUCUCCUUGGUUGGCUCUUCUGUCUUGCACCAUGCUGAGUCCCAUCUCUGUCCCCAGAAAUGCUCAGAAGAGAAAAUCGAAAUUCUACAGGGAAAGAUUUCUAUGCUGGAGGACCAGCUGGCCAAGCUGGAGGAGUGCAGCACCCAGGAGAAGGGAGAAGUCAUGGGUAACAUUUUGAAGUCGCCUGAUUGUGGAGCCUUACUGAUGAAGGUGGAGGUGCAGCGGUGCCAGGAAGAGAUGGAGAAGCAGCGGAUGACCAUCGAGGCCCUGAAGAGGGACCGCCAUUGCCAGAGCGAGCGGGAGGAUGAGCUGCGGCAGGAGGCAAAGGUCUGCCAGGACAAGUGCCUCCAGAAGGAGCAGCUCCUGGCUGCCCUGCAGCAGAAGCUCGACAGCGCUCAGGCUGAGCGUGCCUCCCUGGAAAGCCAGCACCGCCGGGACCUGGAGCAGAGAGCAAAAGCCACGUCCACGCUGCAAGCCGAGCUGGCUCAGGCCAAGCUGCAGGUGGCUGAGGUGCCAUCGCUGCGGGAGCAGCUGGCAGAACGGGACCGGGCCAUUCAGCGGCUGCAGACUAAAGCAGCAGAGGUGGGGGCACAGCUGGCAGGGCUGCAACAGGCCAACGCUCGGCUGGCCGAGGAGAACCAGGGGCUCAGCAAGAGCCGCAGCCAAGGGCAGCAGCAGCUUGAGGCGGAACUGAGCCAGGCCAGGGAGCGGCACAUGCAGGAGCUGGAGCAGCUGCGGGCAGCGUCUGAGAAGCUGGUGACCAGCAGCAGGCAGGAGGCUAAGGAGGCAGUACAGAAGCUGGAGGACAUGAGUAAGGAGUAUGAGAGCAGCAAAGUGGCAUCCCUGGAAGAGAGGAACGAACUCCUGGAAGAGAAUCAAAGACUGACAACUCAGGUGGAGCAGCUGGAGAUAAUCCAGAAGGACCAAACUAAGCAGAUGGAGGAGCUGAAUAAAAAGCUGACUCAGCAUGAGAAGGCCACCUGUACCCAGCAGCAGAGAAUUAAGGCACUGGAAGGGGAGCUGCAGGCAGUGGUCACCAGCCAUCAGGAGAAGGUGGCAGAGCUGCAGGUGCAGCUCACCCAGGAGCAGACAGCCGAGCACUACAAAGGGCAGAUGGAGAAGGCAAAAAGUCAUUAUGAUGCCAAGAAGCAGCAGAACCAGGAGCUAUCAGAGAAGCUGAAAGCCAUGGAGCACAUGCAGAAAGUAAACAUAGAGCUUCAGAGCAAAUCAGAGAGGCUGGCCAAGGACCUACAGCAGAAUAUCCUGCAGGCCAAGGAGUCUGAGAUGAGCUGCAAUAAUCUUAUCAGUCAGAUCCACAGACUGGAAGCUCAGGUGGAGGUUCUCAAAUGACAGGUGUGGGAACCCAGCAAGUUCCAGGUGAUGACUGCCAUAGCAAACGGACCAGAGACUUCCUGUCAGAGUGUGGUCGACCAGAGCACUGAUAACCUUGAUGAGGCACAGCUGCUCAGCUCCACCAGGAAGGCUACCAGCUCUCAGCUGGAUGUCUCAGUGGUGCCAUCAGGUAGUGAAGAGUCACUGCUGUCUCAGCAGCUGCCCAAGAUGAAGUCAUCCAUGGAGAGUCUCUACCUUACCCCACCCCUCUAUGAGACGCCAUCGCAGCUGAAGAGCAGUGCCAACUUCUUCCCGAGUGACUUCUCGCUCGACUCCGGGUGCAAGACCCGCUCAGCCCGGCGCCGCACUACCAUCAACAUCACCAUGACAGAUAAACAGUCAGAGUCUGAGGAACUGGUCUGCGUCAAGAACAUCCCAUUGGCUCAGUCCACAAAAACUUCCUCCCCUGUCAAGGGCCGUCUGCGCUCAGGUGUCUCCACCCGUUCCCUCACCAGCUCCCCUUCCCAGGAAACUCUUGCGGAGCUGGAAACUUCCCCAGAGAAGAGCCCUGGCAAUUCAGGACUGUUGGGCCUCCCUGGGUACCGGCCGGUCACCCGUAGCUCCCUGCGCUCACGGCAGACCAGCAGCUCCAGCCUCGGCCGAAACACCCUGAACCUGGGCAUGUGCCAGGAUGAGCCAGAGCAGCUGGAUGACUGGAACCGCAUUGCAGAGCUGCAGCGGCGGAACCAGGCCCGCCCUCCCCACCUGAAAACCAGCUAUGCCCUAGAGAAGCCCUCCACCUCCUUGGGAACCAUUACGGAUGAGGACGUGAAAAUGGGGGACCCAGAAGAGACGCUGCGACGUGCCAGCAUGCUGCCCUCCCAGAUCAUCACCACCAGCAGCCAGUGCAGCACCCAGGCCAGCAGCAUCACUACCCGGCAGCAGAGGAAGCGCCUCUCAGAGGAGACCCACCAGGGCCUGGACACCCCCCCGUCCAAGAAGCCAACCAGCUGCUUCCCACGGCCCCAGACCACUCAGGACUCUAGAGAGCAGAGUGGCUCCCAGGUCAGUCAAGAGAGUGAGCAGCCAGCCCCAGCCAUGCAGUCUCAGAGGCGCCAGUCGAUGGCGUUCAGCAUCCUCAACACCCCCAAGGAGCUGGGGAGGCGCCUGCUGCGCCGGGCAGGCACCCAGAGGAACACUGCCACGCCCUCCACCAGCAGCAGCACCCGCCGCUCACCCCGCAUCGCCACUGCCAAGUCCCCCAAGGGCAAGGCCGGUCGCCAGUCACGCAAGGACAAGCCAUCCUGAGGUUUCCCCAGUCCCCACAUGUUGCUGGCUCUGCCCUGGCCCCCACCUGCACCCCCUCACUUCUCCACCUCACCCAGGAACACUGAGGAGGAACAGGUGGAGCCACCCACAUGACUGCCUUGCAGAUCCCACUGACAACUGUGGGGGUGCCCUGGGCAUGGCAAGGCCCCCUUGCCCUUCCUGCACCCAUUGUCAGCCUAAACCCUUCUGGGACCCAAGGUAAGGGGAUGUGCAGGGUUUGAGGGCCAGAAAGGGGUGCAGUGGCUGGUCCCAGGCUGCAGCUGGAGGGGCUGAGCUCUCCCCAGGGAUAUCCUGCAGCCACCACCCCUGUUCCCUGUGUGUGGGACUCCCCCACCUGCC